CCCGUGAGGUAAGUACGCUCGUCUGCUCCGUAUUACCGCCUGAAAAGUUUUCCGGAAGCAGAUAAAAAGUGUCUUUCUUAAAGGCACAAAUAAAAGUGUUCUAAUCGCUUUAUAGAUGAGCUUCACAAUAUAUGUUCUAAACACUUGGAUGUAUCAUCUUUCAUGGGAUAUACUACUACUUUGAAUUGUAAAAGUGUAUAGUGCUGCCCUAUAGGCAAUGAUAAUAUAAAAAUCAUCUUACUGUUGCUUUCAAAUUACGCGUCUAACAUAUAUUCGCAGAUAGAAACGUCAACAGAUUUCCAUGGAGUGAAAACCCACAAUUUUGGGAUAGACUAGAGGCUGGGGGUAUUUGGAUGUAAAUAGGAAGGAUGUGUUAUUGCCUUGCGAUCCCCAGCGCAACAUUCCAAGCCUUUAGAGAGUGACUGCAGCAUUGACGUUUGUGUAUCGCAGUCAAGUGAGCACUCCCAAUGGACCACGAGGACGCCAACGGAGGGCUAGACUUGAAUUCUCCUCCACCGCCGCCACCACAGCCCGUGGGCAUCUACGGCUGGAGGAAGAGGUGCCUGUAUGCCUUCGUCUUGGCCUUGAUGAUCGUGGUCAUAAUGAACUUGGCACUGACCGUCUGGAUACUCAGGAUACUACGUUUUUCUCUGGAUGGAAUGGGUCAUCUGAAAAUAAAGCCAAGUGGAAUCCAGGUCAAGGCAGAAGCAGAGUUUUUAAAAACAGUUUAUGUUGAUGAAUUGAAGUCAGAGGGCAGUCCGUUGUUUCUGGAAUCAACGAAAUCUGUGCAUCUCCUAACAACAGAUAGAAGUAGAACUAUAAGAAGUAGACUGGUGUUAGACCAAGAAAACAUAACAGCAUCUUGUGACACGUUUCGUGUUGUAGAUUCUAAUGGUACUGUCAACUUACUGCUUUCAUCUCAGAAAGUCAUCCUGGGAAAUGGAGAUGCCACAGUGCCAGGUGAUAUCAAAUUUAACGGGGCGGUAUUUACACCAACUAUACAGAGUCCACUGAAUUCAUCUCUUGAAAUCUCCUCAGAGAAUAGUAAAAUACACAUCACUGCUAUUGGCGGUGUGUCGCUGAGUUCAACCUUGGCGAACGUCACCUUGCAAACUGACGAUAACAUGUACAUCCAGUCAGGGGCGCUUCACCUCAUUGGGAACGAGCUUUAUCUCUUGGGAAUUCCCACAGUGGAUGCCACGACGUCUCUUCCAGUGAAACCCACUACAGCGCCGCCUACUGUCUAUCAACUGUGUGUUUGCGAAAACGGGAAAGCUUUUCUGGGAAAUGCAAGCGGCAAUUGUCGAGCGUCUUCGGAGAUUUGUUCAGACAGUACUAAGCCUUAAUUUUUUUUGGGGACACAAUUUUAAUAUAGAUAUCGCGCCAACAAGCGGAUCUACAUUUACUACAAAACUGGUAGCAUUUAUGGACUCGACUAACGCAAGGCUGAUUUUAAUAAUAUCCAGUAAACGGCCAGGACGUGUAUGAAUUUGUAGCCAGAAACAUUAUUCAGUAAUGGUGGUGCCGAGAGCUAAAAUUCUUUGAUCGUUGCGGUGUUGUUGUUUUUGUAAUGAACUGCCAAUGGUGUGCAUUAGUUUGCUGUGCAGUAUUUCACGUUGCUGCGCAGUCGUAGCUGUCAUCUACAUAUUCUGCCACAUCCAGAGCAGACAUAAUUGUUGUCUGCCAGUGGUCGGUUUAGUAUUUUUCCGACCCCGUCGACGGAUUUCCUCGGCUGUAGAUUUCAUAAUUGUAGGCCUAUCAAGUGUGUAUCCUGUGGCCUUAAUAAAUCUCCAGCUGUAUCAUUCUGGCGCUGCCUUCUGCCAGAUGAUCUCUUUUAUGCCGGUUAAAGCAAGCUGAUGCCUAAGCUGAUCUUUAAAUCUUUUUUUUACACCGACCACAUGUCAGCUCACCAAAAAGGAUUGUUAUAAUGUCACACAUGUAUAGCUACGUUUCUGUAAAUAAAAUGUUUAUGUAUUUAUUAUGGACGAAUCAAACGUAAGGUGUAUAGCACGAGAGGCUACAAAAGAUCUGUAACACCAUGUCAUCAAGAACAUUUCCCAACAGUGCCGGAUAUAACUAGGAGAAUAUCCCUAACCUCUUUUCAAGACUGAUGAUAAAAUUAAUGAUAUAGUAAUUACACAUUAAAUGGCUUGGACAUUCAUAAUAUCAUUUUCCUUGUUUUCUUUAUAUUUAGUAUGCAUAUUUUUUUAAAUUUUUACAUUUGUAAGCUGUGGAGUUCCCUAUAGACGGAGGUCUUGGAGGUCUUGGGUCACUGCGCUGUCUUGCUUUGUCCUGCUGUUUUACACAUUAGGGGAAAUAGCCACUAUUAGGCUUAUGUAAAAUGUCCGUCUGUCACACUCAGAUCUCAAAAACUAUAAGAGAAAUGAAAAACCUUAUUUCAACAUACGUUGUGGCUUGUAAAGCUUAGGUGCAACGGCUACUUUUUGUUUUAUAAAAGCAAACCGUUAUGUUUUUAAAAUUAAUUAUGCAAGCGAUUUUUUCAUAAAAAUACACCACUUCUAAAACAAUACAUAAAUGAAGGGGAGAUUGUAUUAACACUAUGUUAACGUGAGUCCACCCAGCUCAAAUUGGUACCUGGCAUUACUUAGGGAAAAGUAAAAGCGGUUGGUGUUGUGCUGGCCACAUGACGCCCCCGUUAACCGUGGGCCACAGAAACAGAUGACCUUUACACCAUCUUUUCUAUAGAUCGCAAGGUCUGAAUAGGGAACUUCACUUUAUUAUAACAAAGAAAGAUAAUUUUGGUGUAUUUUUGCAUCUGUUAUGAAGUGAGUGUGUUUAUAUGGUGACGGUGGGAAGAGGUUAGCGAUUGGUUUUGAAUGUUGAUACAUAGGUGGCAGUGUCGUCACUAGGUCUUAGUUAGGGGAGACACUCCAGAACGUGAGACUGAAAGGUUGUGCUAUUGUAGUGAGUUAGAUUUUGUGAAAAGAUAUUAUUAAAAAAGUCUACUACAUUUGUUUCAAUUGUCACAAGGUGAUUCUGUCUAUAUUAUAAUAAAUAAAGUUAUUUCUAAUAUUGUUCACAAAAAAGUUAUUCCAUUUAUUUGAAGUUUUAUUUGUUAUGAUAUAUUACGCCUACACCGGUUUAGUUGUCUACCGGCAGUUUGAUGCUAAAAGUCAAUAACAGGUAACAACAGUAUCACAUCCAUAUAUAUCUGUAAAAGUUACAACAAAUGUUCAUAAUAAAUAUAAAUAUUAUUUGUGUUUUUCUCAAUUAAAACAACUACUAAAAUUCAAAGAAAACAUUUAUGUUUGUUCAUAAAGGCUUAGUAUUCACUUUGUAUGUAAAUGACACGCAUUUUUUUUUUAACUGGACUUUUUAUGCAGCUAUUCUUGUGCAGCAGCGUGACAGUCGUGGCCACAAAUUUCCAAGUAAGCCCCACAAAAAUAAUCAGAUUUUUUAUAAUUUUUUGUUAGUGCCACAGUCAGGAUAAAACCGCUUACUCGUGGUCUUAAUUUGCGUAUCACUGUCGAUAUAGUCACUGAGAAUGUUUUGGAAACAAUUAAACGAAAUAAUAAUGUUAUUAGUAAUGCGAAUGCAUAAAUGUUAAAAUAGUAUGAAUGGAGCUAUCAAAAUAGCUAAUUGGCCUAAAUCCAUUUUUUUAAAUUAAAAACAUUUGCUUGUAGGUCCUAUAUUAGUUGGGGAAAAGUAAAGGUGGUUGGUCGUUAUGCUGGUCACAUGACAGCCUCGUUAACCGUGGGCCACAGAAACAGAUGACCUUUACAUCAUCUGUUCUAUAGAUCACUAGGUCUGAUAGGGGAACUUUAAUUAAUUAAUAUAUAUAUAUAUAUAUAUAUAUAUAUAUAUAUAUAUAUAUAUAUAUAUAUUAUAUAUAUAUAUAAUUGUAAUUGAACAAUUACUUAUGUUUGAUAAAAAAUCGUUUUGAAAGAUUUAAACUUUAAAAGAGAAAAAUUAAUUUUUAUUUUAUUAUUAUUAUUUUAGUGCUCAAUGAUUUUAAAAUUUUAUUUUCAACGAUCAAAACAAGACUAUGGCUUGAAUAUUCCUGGACUUCUGGUGAAUUCGAUGGGGUCGCCACUGAGUUUGUUUGAUAACACAAACUCUCUUUGUAAUCUUGUUUUUCUUAUAUUUAAGGAACUUAAUUCAUUGCUAUAUAUGGUAUAUAAAGCUUGUUGGCGUCUUGGUAGUGAUAAAUGUAAAAAGCUGUUUGUACUAAUUGUUGUAAAAACAACGAUAUUAAUUUAAAAUUUUAAUCUUUUUAUUUUUCUUGUUUAGCACGUAUGCUUUAAUAAAUGA